AUGAUGUGUUCAUUUUUCGAGCAGACUUGCAGUUGCUUCCUGGCCCCUAGAUUUUUUCCACAAGAUAUAUCCAGAAAGAUGUCUAAGAUGAACCUGAAUUGGGAAGUCAGGAAAUCAACGUACUAUUUUCGCAAACAUUACUUUUCCCCUGUAGGAGGAGUAAAUAUGAAAGGAUCUAUAAGCCUGAUAGGCUUCCUGCUUCCAACUUUGUUGUUUGCUUCAUUGGUUUGUUUCCGAGAUUGCAGUGCCGUAGACACAAUUUCAAUCACAAAUCCUCUUCAUGAUCCAGAAACUAUUUUCUCCUCAGGCCAAACUUUCAAGUUGGGAUUUUUCAGCCCUGGAAAAACCACCAACCGAUAUGUAGGCAUCAUGUUUAAUGUUCCUGAUGCGCCUGUUGUAUGGGUGGCUAACAGGGACAAGCCUCUGAAUGAUUCUUCUGGGGUUCUUUCUAUUUCAGAAGAAGGGAAUCUUGUGGUUUUGGACGGGAAGAAUGCGAUACUGUGGUCAUCGAACGUGUCAAAUCCGGUGGCGAAUUCCACUGCUCAACUUCUGGAUGAUGGUAACUUAGUCUUGAUUUAUAAUAAUUCAACUGGAACAAGUGUGUGGGAAAGCUUUCAGAAUCCGACAGACACUUUUCUGCGGACGAUGAAGAUCGGUGAAGUUGCAAACCGUUCUAUCCAAAUAACCUCAUGGACAAGUCCAUCUGAUCCAUCCAUAGGAAAUUUCUCCCUAGGUGUCAAUCAUCGAGGCAUUCCGGAACUAUUUGUUUGGAAUAGAGGUGUCCCUUAUUGGCGCAGUGGUCCGUGGACUGGUAAUAUGUUCAUUGGGAUACCGACAUCGAAUGCUACCUAUUCCAUUCGAUAUGAUUUCGUGAGAGAUGCCGCAGGGACAACAUACUUCACUUAUAACUACAUCGAUACUACUAGUUUGGUGCACGGUAAACUGAGUUCUUCAGGACAACUCGAGCAGAAGGAACUAAAUGAUAAGAGAGAAUGGUAUGUAUCAUAUUCAUGCGUGAAUAGCGAAUGUGAUAAAUAUGGCAAAUGUGGACCAAAUGGAAGAUGUGAUCCUCAGGCUUCACCAAUUUGCUCAUGUUUGCAAGGAUUUGAACCUAAGAACAGGGAAGAAUGGAGCAAAGGAAACUGGAGAAGUGGUUGUUCCAGAAAGGCACCUCUGCAAUGUAUAAAUAAUUCUGCUGGACAACAAGGUGAAGGAGAUGGCUAUUUGAGGCUUACAACUGUCAAAGUUCCUGAUCUGUCUAACUUUGUUGAAACUUCAAAAGAAAAUUGCGGUAUUGAUUGCUUGAAGGAUUGCUUCUGCUUCGCCUAUACGUAUGUUGCGGGCAUUGGAUGCCUGCACUGGAAUGAUAGCCUGAUAGAUAUACAGCAAUUCUCUUCAUAUGGAGCAGAUCUAUACAUACGUGUGGCGUCUUCUGAAUUAGAUCAUGUGAAGAAUAAACAGAAAAAGAAAGCAGUUGUUGCAACUACAGCUAGUGUGGGAUGUUUACUCCUUGCAGUAUCAUCUUUCUUUUUGUGGAAAUGGUGGAUUAAGCACAGAGGGGAAGCAAGCAAAACAGAAAUAACGAGUGACAAUUAUGAAAAGCCAAAGCUUGAAGAAUUGUCAGUGUACGAAUAUGAAACGCUAGUGAAUGCAACAGAGUGUUUCCACAGCAAAAAUCAAAUAGGCCAAGGAGGUUUUGGUCCGGUUUACAAGGGAAAGCUUUCAAAUGGCAAUGAAGUUGCAGUAAAAAGGCUUUCAAAUUCUUCUAGCCAAGGUUUACAGGAGUUCAUGAAUGAAGUUUCAGUCAUUUCUAAACUGCAACAUCGGAAUCUAGUCAGACUCCUUGGUUGCUGCAUCGAAAAAGAAGAGAAGAUGCUAGUCUAUGAGUACAUGCCUAACACAAGUCUGGAUGCAUAUAUAUUUGAUCCGCAAAAACAAGAGUUACUUGAUUGGAAUAGAAGGUGUAUCAUCAUUGAAGGGAUAGGUAGAGGCCUCCUCUACCUUCACAGGGAUUCAAGACUAAGAAUUAUCCAUAGAGAUCUGAAAGCGAGUAACAUCCUCCUUGAUGAGGAGCUAAAUCCCAAGAUAUCGGAUUUUGGGUUAGCAAGAAUUUUUGGAGGCAAACAGGAUCAAGCCAAUACCAACAGGGUUGUAGGCACAUUUGGGUAUAUGGCACCAGAAUACGCUAUGAGAGGAGAAUUUUCAGAGAAAUCAGAUGUCUACAGCUUUGGAGUUUUACUGCUGGAGAUUAUCAGCGGAAGGAGGAAUACUAGCUUCUAUCAUGAUGAAGAGAAACUACUAAGCCUGUUAGGAUAUGCCUGGAAGCUCUGGAACGAUAAUCAAGCCCUAAAUCUGGCUUUUACGGAGGGAUUUGAUCCAGGCACUGAAAUGGAAAUCCUGAGAUGUGUGCAUGUGGCACUGUUGUGUGUCCAAGAAUCUGCAGACGAGAGACCAAACAUGUUUACUGUUCUUCUGAUGCUGAACAGCGAAAUCGGAGACCUUCCUCCUCCAAAGUUACCAGCUUAUACUGCCAGAACAAUGUCACCCUUUGAAGAGUACCAGUCAUGUUCUAUUAAUGAUCUCAGUUUAACUGAUGUCCAUGGCAGAUAG